AUGACGCCGCUGGCGUCUCAGCAACUUUCCUCCCCGCUCCCGCUUCCGCUGCCCCUCCACCAGUGCGCGGUUACGGCCGCCGCUUUUCCGCGCCAUUCCUUCCGCCGCGUCGUGUCCGUCCGCGCGGGCAGUUUCGACCAUCUUUCCUCCGCUUCCGAACCCGCGGGAUCCCCGCUCGCCCAGGGGCGGCGGAGGCGCGGCGGCGGAGCAGCUUCCGCUAACGAUCCAGCGGCUGAAGCGGCGGAAACGGCGGUAGGGUCGCGAGGAGACCCGGUUACAGCGGCGGCGGGGGCAGCGGAUACAGGCGCUGUUGGCGUUGAUCGCAACAGUGAUGGCGACCGUACCGACGGCGGCGGCAACGGCGGCGGCGUCGCGCCGACUAGUCCGCAUCGAAGAGCGGUUCGCGUGCUGAGGGACGCGCCGCCGUCCGACACGACACGGCGGCGCGACGAUGCGGCGCCGGCGGCGGCCGCGGCGCCUGCACCCGCGCGCGGGAAAUAUGCGAGCGGAGCGGGCGCAGCAGGGAGAGGGAGUCGGUACGUGCGGUCGGGCGCUCGAGCCCCCACCGGCGCUGCGGCGCAUGCUGGGGAGACUGCGAGCGCUGGGAGACUGGCGGACGCUGCAGGUGCGCCGGCGCGCCGCUUAGCUGCACACAUGUCUCUCUUGUUUCUCUCACAUUGUUUUCUCCCACGACCUCUCCUCACCUCACCUCCUUUCCUCUUCUUCACACCUCCCCCCCCCCACACCAAAUUCUCAUCUUCCGACUCCCCCGCGCCCACCCUCCUCCGUCCCGUCCGCCUCCUGCUUUCUCCCCAUACACCAACACCGCCCUUCCUCACCAUCCCCGAAACCCUCUUCGCCCUCCCCCUCCUCCCCCUCCCGCUCGCACCCACACCAGACGGCCAUGCCCCGUCCACCGCAGGCGGCCAGCGGCGGCAGGCGGGGGGCGCGCGGAAGGCCUUCCACCCGCGUCCCCUGCGCCCCCUGCGCUCCCCGCGUGCUGCCGCGCACGCAGCCGCCCCUCCAGGUCACGCAGGCGCCUCUUCAUCUUCAGGUGGCGUUGCUGCUGCAGCAGCCGAUGCAGCAGCACAAGGAGCAGCAGCGGCAGCAGCACAUGCACCUGCCCACGUGCCUACAGCAGCCGCCGCAGGAAGGUUGUCUCCUGCUGCAGUGGCCGCGGCUUUUGCCGCUGCGAGCAGUGGCAGCGCCGGGGACGCGGCGGGGUUGGCUGCUGGAGUGGGGAAGGCCGAGCGGAAGGAUGAGGGAGAGGGUGAGGGGAAUGGGGAGGGAAAAGGGGGAGAGGUUGAAGAAACGGCGGAGGGAGACGGGGAAGGAGAGAUGUCUGGAAUAUCUCGUAUGUUUGCGCUGGGUCGAAUGGGUGCGGGGGAGAGCGGGGCAGGGAAGGACAGGGGAACGGGAGGAGGGAGUGAAGGAGGGGGAGGAGGGGGCGGAGUGGAGGACUGGGGAGACAUGGAAUUUGACCAUCGGGUGGAAAUGGACCUAUCAGUGCCUGCUGACGUGGCGUGGCAGCUGUGGGUGGACUUGGAACAGGCGCCCGAGUGGAUGAAAUGGAUUCAACGGGUGGAGCUGCUACCUGCUGGGCACCUGGAGCACUCAGCAGCAGAUAACCUCCUCAGCAGUGAUCUCCUAGCAUCGGGAACAACCACAGCAGAAUCAGAAUCAGAAGCAGGAGCAGGAGCAGGAGCAGAAGCAGGAGCAGCGGGGGCAGCGGGGGCAGCGGGGGCAGCGGGGGCAGCGGGGGCAGCGGGGGCAGAGGGGGCAGCGGGGGCAGCAGGGGCAGCGGGGGCAGCAGGGGCGGCAGCAGCAGAGGCGGGGGGCGAUCUGCAGCACCGCAUACAGCUGUCCCGAUGGAUCUGCUGCACCACUGGCUUUGAGGUACCUAUCCGAUCUGCUUUCACCAUCUGCCUCCAAGCUAUCCCACCCGAUCCGACCGCUCGUCGCCUUAAAUUCAAGCCCUGCUCUGCUCUUGUUGCCCUCCCCGUACCACCUCCUUCCUUCACAUGCAUGCAUGCGCCCUCUCUCAACUCAAAUACCCUCUCCCUUUAUACAUCCUCUUUUGAGAUGCCUCAAAUUGAAGCCCCGCCUCCUCCUCAUCUCAUCCACUUCACAUUUCUCCGUCCACGUCUGUCACUCCCUCUUCUCUGCCCGCAGGUGUCCUGGACAGCCCGUGUGAUGCGGCUAAGUGAUUCGCCGCCCGACCGCGUGCUGACGUGGCAGACAGUGGAGGGCAUUCCCUGCCGCGGACAGCUAGAGUCACUAUCUGACAUCCCCUUGUGCGUGUGUUACUGGAUUGUGUGGUUACCGCAUGGCAUGGCAUGGUCACCACCUGGCAUGGAUACUGCAUGGCAUGGUUACCGCAUGGCAUGGUUACUACAUGGCAUGGUUACCACAUGA